AUGGCGACUACGCCGUCCGUAGAAUCAAGUUUGAAUCCUGUAGAACAACCCGCCUUAAAAGUAGCAUUGAGUACUGGAUCUUCGUCUUUUGAAAAGGUGGUGUCUGCAUGUACUGGUGCAGUCAUCACCAUGUCUUUUAUGAAUCCUUUGGACGUUGUUAAGACCAGACUUCAAGAAACAUCAACCAACGGCACAAGACAUUAUACAGGCACCAUUGAUGGACUCUCAAAAAUCUUUAAAAAUGAAGGCAUAUUUGCUUUAUGGAGAGGAUUAUUACCUGGAUUAGUUAUGGCAUUACCUUCUACUGCUAUUUACUUUGUGGGUUACGAUUAUAUUCGAGAUCAAACGAGAUUAUCACACUAUGCAAAUACAGCACUCGAUACCUAUUCACCUUUAUGGGCUGGUGGAUUAGCAAGAACCAUGUCAGCAUUGGUCGUAUCACCUCUCGAAUUAUUUAGAACUCGUAUGCAAUCUGCUGAAGGCAUCAAUGGAUUUUCAGAUGUUUGGAAAGGUGUGUCAAGGAUGGUACAGAGAGAGGGACCACAAGCCUUAUGGCGUGGAUUACUUCCUACCAUGUUGAGAGAUGUACCAUUUUCUGGCAUUUACUGGAUGGGAUAUGAAAAAAUCAAGCACAAUUUAGAACAACGACAAGAUUUGACUCAUUUUCAAACUUCAUUUAUAUCGGGUGCGUCAUCUGGCAUGAUUGCAGCCAUCAUCACAACCCCAUUUGAUGUAGUCAAGACUCGUCGUCAAGUUAGUUGUGAUGCAGAAGGUAAUUUAUAA